CUGAGGAGUUGCCCUUUCCGGCCGUGCGCCGGUGUCGGGGUAGGCCGUGUGCCUAACAGGGAGUUGCGGCAGGCCGUGCGCCUGUAUUGUUCCGUGCUUGUUUCCCUGCCUUGACCAGGCAGGGCAUGUCUCAAGGCUCCAAUCGAGCCCGCCCGUAUCAGCGUCGCCCUGACGCUCGCAUUCCCUCGCCCCCGUUCGAGGUCGAGCGGGCCCUUUGUGUGAUCGACCGGUGUUCCCAGAACGUGAUCGACGAGUAUCGGCGGGGUCAAAGUCGGUGGUCUUCCCGUGAGAAGACACAGACCGUCGACAGCUUCCAUCUGACUCGAGAGGUUAUUGAGGUUCGGCACGGCUUGCGCCGCCGCCUCUCAGCGGAGGUCUCCCGUUUCGUGAUGCGCAGGGAUUCCGAACAUAUCGUUCACCGCCCGCCGGUGCUCACCCCACGGCCCAGACAGCCGCCAGAGCAGCCCAGCUUCAACCCAGCUGCGAGGCUUCUCCCGGCCCGGAUCCUGAAGCAGGAGGCACUCAACGCGUCUCCUGCCGUUGUGCCCGAGGGCCAUUUCAACAAGGUUCCUGGCUGGACCGACAAUCUGGGAAACUCGUUCGGGAAUCUGAGGACCCAGGUUGCCUACUUGUGUAUCUCCGCGGAGUGUGACGGCUUUAAGCGGUCGGUGACGCAAGGGGCCCGGAUCAAUCGCUGCGGUCGUCCUACCUUCUAGUUUGCCGUCCCUGUCUGUCGUGACUGCCAUCGCCCUCUCCUUCUGGACGUCUCCUCUGCUCCCGCCCUUGUUCCGAUCUUCGACGAGCGUGUCUCUCGUCCCCUCACCGAAGACGAGGAGCGUCUCUUGCUGGAUUUCCCCCCUGCCUUCAGGGACCUGACCAUUCGGCCUGACUUCGUUUUUGCCGACCGGCUCUAGCUGGAGACAAGUGCGCG